AUGUAUGCACAACGACCUGAGAGAGCGUCGCUGUUCCGGGAGGGCACUAUGGCCGAUACGACUUCGUACAGCGACAAAAGCUCAAUCCGGUAUUCCAGCAUGAGUUAUUCGACGACCGCUCACAUCGACAUCAUCCAGCCCAAGUAUAAGCCAGUGAUAUUACGAACAGCAUCGCUGGUAUGUCUGCUAUUCUUUACCUUCGGUCUGAUCGGUGCACUGGAAUAUGCCACCCGCGCAUUCCCGCAUGGAAAUGGACGAAAUAGUCUAGUAUCUAGAAGCGCAACAUCUGAUCAAGACCAUGCACAUGGAAUUCUCGCCCGACAGGUUGAACCUGAGCUGGAAACACCGCCUGCGGAUCCCAUUGCAGCGCCGGUCGAACCCAUCGUCGAUGACCCAGUGAUUGAAACACCUACCACACCAAUCGUAACGCAAUCACUUCCUAAGGACGACUACAUCCCCACCGAGACACUAGUGUCAAGCGCAGAUGAAACCGACUACAUUGGUCCAACCGUGGUCCAGGAGCCAGGAGGUUGGGAGACAAUAGCUUCAGAUGUACCCCAGACCGACUACGUUCCUGACCGAAGCGAUUACAUCCCAACUGGCAAUACUCAAUACGCUCCUCCGACGGACUAUGUGCCCAUAAUCGCCUCAUCCCCGCCUAGCAGUGACUAUCUUCCAGGAAAACAGACUGCGACACCGUCACCAGGAUCUACGCCUAAGCCGAUGCUUGUUGUAUCAUACUCCUCGCACGCCGUCGUGGCGACCGUACAGUCAGGCCAGACAACCUGGACAGCUACUGGUUCAGAUUACGUACAACCGACCGGCGGUGUACUCACAACGAAUUACGAGCUGAUUCCAGUGACAAUGACCAUGGACUGGACAAUGCCAGACGCCUCCGGUUCUCCACUGCAUGCAGAAGUGAUCGGGAAGAAUGGCAAUAAGGUCGUACUUGUCUCGUACUGGAAUGAAUUGCAAGUCUUCUACGGGACUUUCCUCUGCGUCCUGCUGGCCGUGCUCUACCGUGUCCUAUACUCGGUCCUCCACAGCAACCUUGUGCUCAUCGAUCCUUUCCGCCAAAUGUUCGGCUCGCAAGGAGCUCUCGCAGAGAAGUCGUUUUUCUCCUUCUAUCAGAACCCUUCGGUCGUGUUUGGUCCCUUCCCCGCUUUGAUGAAAGGUAGAUGGGCGGUAGCAGCAACAGCUACCGCGUACAUUAUCACCUGCGCCAUGCCAGCCUUAGCUUCGGAAGUGAUCUGGGUGGAUACACAUUGGGGCUGCAAAAAUCCUGGACCGAAUCCAAAGAUUCCAUGUGCGCCUAGGCUGGCAACCACCCCGUUGAUGGUGAGGAUCCUUCAAGGAAUGCUUGGAUUCACCGGCGCAGUCAUCAUCGGUCUCAUUGCGGCGUUGGUCAGGCGCAAAACGGGAUUAUCUGCCGAUCCAAGUUCUCUUGCCACAGUCAGCAGUCUGAUGAGACAUCCAGGUCUCGCAGAAGAACUCAAUGAAAUGUCGGUCGGACCAGAAACAACCUUGUUCACAAUGGAAGAAGCACUGAGAGGAAAACGCUACGGCCUUGGCCACUGGAAGACCGCCUCCGGAGCACAAGGCUACGGCAUCUACCCACUCGGCUACGACGCAGAUGUGAUUCACACCGAACGCACACUCUUCAAAAGCGACCGAGGAGAAUACUCAGCAGUCGCCAACGCCAGCGCUGAAUCUUCAUGGAACGCCACCUCCGCGCGAUCACAUACUUGGAUGUGGAUGGACCCCAUCCUCCUCCUCGUCGCGACAGGUACUUUCGGCGUCAUCCUCGCCUGGCGCUUCACAUCCGGCAAAACAGGUUUCAACGGCUUCUUCGGCAGCGACACCUUCGGCCCUAGAUUCAUCCUCACAGGAGCCGCAACCAUUCUCACAAACCUAUGGAGUACCAUCGAGCAAAGCGCGAUGAUUAUGGCUCCGCUAGGUCGAAUGGCGCGAGACCCUUGUCUCCCAAAAAGUACAAUUUGCUUCGCGCCGACAAAUACUCCUCUCCUGUCUACCUGGCGUGCGCUGCAACAUGGCUAUUUCUUCGUCGCCAUGGUCACGAUCAUCACGCUUCUUGGUGAAGCUCUCAGUAUCGUCAUCUCAGGCGUCCCAUACCGUGCUGGACAAACAUAUAUGACAUGGUUGGUAUCUGAGUAUCUCUCACUUGCGAUUCUCGGGAUCAUGAUUGUUUCUUCGAUUUUGGUGAUUUUUCAUCGGAGUCGAGAGCCCAAGGUUCCGGUUUUGCCUGAGACUUUGGGGGCGAAGAUGUUGUAUCUUAAUGGUUCGAGUUUGUUGGAUGAUUUUGCUGGGGUUGAAGGUGCGAAGCGGAGGGUGAGAGAUGAGAGGUUGAGGAGGUUGGGGAAGUGGUAUGAGUUUGCGCCGAUGGUGAGGAGGGAUGGGAGGAGGGCGUGGCUUGUGGAUGAGGCUUCGUCUUCGAGGAGUGGUGGGUUUGAGACUGUGAGAUGUUAG